GCGGCCUUAAGAUUUGGAAAAUAGAGAAAGUAAUAGAAUUCAGGCAAACUUAAAGAUGCCACCAAAAAAAACAGUGACUCCUUCAAGGGCAAAGGUACCUGCCAAAGGAAAAACUCCCCCUGCUGGAAAAACUGGUUCAAAGGCUGCUACUAGUAAAACUACUGGUAAUAAAACUACAAAUCCACAAGAUAAAAAGAAAUCAACGGCAGAUAGUAAACCUAAAGAAAAAGUUUGGACGAAGGAAGAUGAAGCUUCUUGUAAAAUACAAAAACACGUCAGAGUGUUUCUGGCCAGAAAAAAAUUAGAAAGAAAAAGAAUAGAAAAAGAGAAAUAUGAAGAAAAAAUGCAGAACUUAGAGAAGGAGGCGUUUGUUCAUAUGGUUAAAAUGCAACAGGAAGAAGUUGAAAGACAGAUGAAAAAAGAUGAAGAAGAAAGAAAGAGAAAAAGAGAAGAAGUUAAGAGAAAGAAAAGAAUGUUAGAAGCUGCCUAUGAUGGAGAUAAUGACUCUAUUUUAGAUAUUUUACAAGAAGUAAGAGAAAUAGAUGAUAAGAAUAAUAUAAGUAAAGAUGAUGUUAUUGGAAAAGCAGUAAGAAAUAAACAUAUAUUAGCUAUGAUAGAAUGUGAAGAUGCAAAUGAAAAUACUCCUCUUUCAGAAGCAGCCAGUGGUGGACAUGUUCCUACUAUUCAGUUAUUAUUAGAUUAUGAAGCAGACCCAAAUUCCAAGGGCCAGUUCCAGAGAACACCUUUAUACAGAGCGGCCUUUGCUGGUCAUUUAGAAGCAUGCCAGGUUUUAAUUCAAAAUGGUGGUGAUCCUAGGAUGUAUGCAUCAGAUGGACAAACAGCUGAACAGGUAGCCUCAGUACCAGCCAUUCAAGAAAUGUUACAAAGUUGGGAUAUUUCCAAAACAGAAUCUUUAUUGAAAAGAAUUGAGUCUUCUAAAGAAAAGAGAUUAGAAGAGCAUAAAAAACAAAGAGAAGCUGAACAGAGCAAAUUGGAGGGUGUUGUAGAGGAAGCUUUAAAAGAUUAUCAGAAUAAACAGAAGCAAUUACAGACAGCUCAUUGUGAAUUAAAUAAGAGAAUAGUAGAACAUGAUAAAGCAGUAUUGGCUGGUUUUGAUAGACCUGAAUUAUUAGUUCAGACAAUACAUGAUGCAGAGUUAGAGUUAGAAACUGUUAAAAUACAUACAGAGAAAGCUAGAGAUAAGUUAGCUCAAGCCAGGUUAAGACUGAGAGAAAAACAAGCUGGAGAUGAUGAAAGUGAUGUAAGUGAUAAUUUACCAGGAGUUAAAGUAGCUAUAAGAGAAUUAGAAGAAGUAUUAUUAAGAGAUGUUGGCAAUAAGAUAAGAGACUCAGGAAAGUGGCCAUUGAUAAUUGAUACAAGUGGUCAGGCUUCCACCUUUUUAAGGUAUAGAGAUACCAAUGUGAUAAAUGCUUUAAGACAACAAGACAUGGAACCAAACAGAAUCAGACUGGCACUAUUAGGUGCUAUCAGGUAUGGUAAACCACUAGUUAUAGAUAUGAUGCAAGUUGAUAUGUAUGAAGUAUGUAGAGAUAGAUUUGACGAGGUACACAAAGGGUUAAUGGACUCUAUUUUAGACUCCAGCCUUUUAAAAGAUGAAAAAUAUCUUUCAUUAGUAAAACCUGAUGAUGGAGAAGAAUAUAGUCACACCAAACAUUUCUUUGUGGAAAAUUUUAAGUUAUUUAUUGUCUGUGCUAAUCCUUACCCCUCAGAAAGUUUGUUAAAUCAGAUGUAUCCUAUUAGAAUUAUUCUUCCUAGUUAAAGCAACAAAAUAUAUAUAUGAUUUUCCUAUUGGUGACAAUUUUAAGAUUGGUGCACAUGACCUCAAAGUAUAAACUGCUGUUAUCUUCAUUUAAAUAACAUGUACCUACCUGAUUGUUAUCUUUCAAUUUUUAAGCAUUUUCUGUGAUAAUUAAAUAAUACUUGUUGAAGUAGGGGCUGCCCUAAAACUGCUUAUUUUCUGUGAUAGUUUUGAAAAACCCAGGGAUUGUUUUUAAAGCAUUAAGGUGUACCUUUCAAGAAGUAUAUAUUAUUGAGUGAUGUUGUUUAUAUUUUACGUCUGUUAUUGAUUUAAUAAUAUAUAUACUUAUUCUUCA